ACAAUACAUAUUUCUUUUGCUUUUAUCUAUAGAAUAUUGAUUUUAGUAGCUCAGCGUCUGGAUUUGGCAUUGUGUACACAAAAACACCAGCAGAACGAAGUGAAAUAAACAAAACGUAAAAUACGCUUGCGUGAGUAGACACAAAGAACAAUAUUUUUACAGAGCUGCUCCAGCUAGAUGUAUAUUUGAGAUAAAACCAACGACGACGACGGCUGGAUUAUCAGCAGCACAGAAAGUUUAUCAAAUUAAGUGUUAUCUAAAAGUGACAGUUAACUAAAAUUAGUGCGCUAUGUCAGACCCAACCGUCCUACAAUAUGCACCACUGCAAUCCUUUGUGAAUCCAACAUUUUGGCACAAAUUGUCUGAUAUUAAAUUGAACCAUGAUCGACUAUCGGAUGCGCCAAAGCCCAUUUUUGCUUACUACACCAAUUUCAACGCAAAGGCAUGUCUGUUAGAAACAGAUUAUGCUGCUUUCAACGGCGACUUUACGGCGCCAAGACUAUAUUACCCUGCCGUCGGUACGCUGUACAACAAAAAUACAAUUGAAGACUUCAAAGCUUGUGAUAAAAAUGAGUUGUUGCGGUUAGAGGGGCGUAAAUUGGUGGAUGAUUUCCGAACUGACCGUGUACUGGAUGACCCCAAAUUACUUGCGCGAUUCUUUGUUCUUUCAUUUGCGGAUCUAACUACUUACAAUUACUACUACUGGUUUGCAUUUCCCUGCCCACUAACACCAACACUAAAAGUUGAAAAUGGUUGCUCGCCACAGUCGUUGUCAGACAUUCCAGAAUUGCAGUAUUUAGAAAGUUUGCUUAAAAGUCAAACACAAAAGCCAAAUUUUUUUGUAGUCAAAAGCAACGAAAAGGAUACUAUUUAUACACUGAAAGAUUUACUUGCAACUAGUACGGCAUUAGCAGAGCAAAGUGAUGAACUUUAUUUUGGUUUCGCGGACCCCAGUGAAUACGAGCAUCCCUCGUGGCUGAUGCGUGUAUAUGCGGCGUUCAUUUUUUACAAAUGUCCCGACCUAGUUGGUAAAACGGUGAAAUUUUUGGGUUUGCGCUACGAUAGUAAAAAUAAUUGUGGCAAUAGCCUCGUUUGGACGGUGCUACAAACCGAACCGGUGAGUUUUGAUGAGAGCACGCCAUUCGUUGGUUGGGAACCCAACCGCAAUAACAAAAUGGGUCCACGUAUGGUGUCGAUGCGGGACAGCAUGGAUCCUAAAAUUCUAGUCGAAAGUGCCAUAAACUUGAAUUUGAAACUGAUGAAAUGGCGUUUAGUGCCUGAUUUGAAUUUAGACAUAAUUGCGAACACGAAAUGUUUACUGUUUGGCGCCGGCACACUCGGUUGUAAUGUGGCGCGCAAUUUACUCGCUUGGGGCUUUAAGCAUUUAACGUUUCUGGAUAAUGGUCGUGUCAGCUAUUCAAAUCCAUUGCGGCAAACGCUCUACACGCACGCUGACGCCAUUGCUGGCAAUGCAAUGAAGGCGGUUACGGCGGCCAAGCGCGUGAAGGAAAUCAAUCCAACUGCUGUCUCCACGGGGCAUGUCAUGCAAAUACCUAUGCCGGGUCACACCAUAGGCGCAUCGAUGGAGCAACAAACCAAUGAGGAUUUGAACACUAUCAAAAGUUUAGUAGAAGAACAUGAUGCCAUUUUCUUGUUGACCGAUUCGCGCGAGAGCCGUUGGCUGCCCACACUGCUGGGCAAUACUUUUCAAAAGAUAGUUAUCAAUGCCGCAUUAGGCUUUGACAGCUACUUGGUGAUGCGUCAUGGCGCCGGUUCGCCAAACAACGAAGCAGCUGGCGAUGCUGCACAACCAAUAGAUUUAGGUGAUCUGAAGUGUAUCGGUGGUGGCAAUUUGGGUUGUUACUUCUGCAACGACGUCACAGCGCCAGGAAAUUCGCUCAAGGAUCGCACACUGGAUCAGCAAUGUACCGUUACACGACCAGGUGUAUCGUGUAUUGCCGCUAGCUAUGCAGUCGAACUCUUGGUGUCACUGCUGCAGCAUCCACUGCGCGACCAUGCACCCGCCUACUAUUGUGCUAACGGCAAAUCAAAUUACAAGGAGCCAGAGGGGCUACUCGGCGUCAUACCGCACUCGAUACGCGGGCAGCUGAGCAAUUUCGAAAAUAUUUUGCCGGCAACGCAGAAAUUCUCCCAGUGCAUUGCAUGUUCGGAGAAAAUAAUUGCGGAAUAUCGCGCGCAAGGCAAUGCAUUUUUAUUCAAAGCGUUCGAAACGGCCAAAUAUUUAGAAGACUUGACUGGCAUCUCUGAUUUUAAGGCAUUGGAUAGUGCGAUCAUCGACUUCGAUGACUCCGACUUGGAAAUGUCCGAAACGGAGGAUAUGUAAUUUUUAGCAACGCAAUUUCUUAUACUUGCUGACUUAACGCUUGAAAGUGGUUGUUUUCUUUUAGCGUCAGUAAUUGUAUACAUAUUUAUAUUCAUAAAAGUCAAUUGCAUAUUUUAACAGUAACCUUAAGCAUAUAUUUUUUAAAUUCGAUUUUAUAGCAUUUAUAAAAAACUGAAAUUAUUAUGUUUAACGAAGAUUUUAUAACACGAAAUUUCCUUAAUUUUUAAGCCCAAAGAGUGUAGCUUAAUUUUAAACAUACAUAUGUAUAUAGUAUGUAUGUAAAUAUACAUAUGUAUGUACUAGUACGUUGUAGGUUUAUUUGUGCUAUGUUUUAUGUUUAGUCCUUUGCAUACAAUAUUUAAACGUGUAUAAAGUGUAAAAGUAAAAAAAGAAUAAACAUUAAUUGAUUAAUGAAAUUGCAAUACAAAGUAAUUUUUACCAACGAUCUUUUAUGCUAUGUAGUUAAUGAGCUUGGAAACUAAUAAGCGGGCUAAGGUUGUUUUGAGAAAUUUUAAGCAAUGAAAUUCCAAUACCAACUAAAUAACUAAAGUUUUACAUUAAUUGUAAUAAAAUGAUUUGAUUAGGGUUUUCAAAAUUCUUGUAUUAAGAAAGUAUUUCAAUUACCAUAACCGAAUAUUUCUACAAAAUUAAAGCGGCUUAUAUUUGUAUAUGUAUGUAUGAUGGCUAAAUAAAAAUUAUAAAAAAACG